GCGGGCUGCCGAGGGUGAGCGGGUGGCGGGCGGGCGGCAGCGGCCGGAGGACGCCGGGCUGCGGGAGGCGGCUCCGCAGUGCCCAGGCACACAGCGACGGAGCCGCGCCGCCGGAGGGAUCGGAUUCGCCGCCCCCCGGCCCCCCCUUCCAGCCAUGCGCUGCGCCAGGACGGCCGCCCCCGGGCUGCGCCGCUGACGGGAGGGGUCGCGCUGAUGCUGAGCCGCCGCCGCCGCGCUGCCCCCCGCGCUGCCCCCCGCGCUGCCCCCCGCCCAACCUCCAUGGACUGAUUUUUUUUUUUUUUUCUCCCCCAAUUAUUAUUUUUCCUUCCCCCCUCCCCCCCUUCCCCUUUUUUCCUUCCCCCCCUUUUUUUUCCUCCCCCUUCCCCCCCCCCCCCUUUUUUUUUUUUUAAUAUUCGGGGCGUUGAGAGGAGGGCGAACCGCAUUUGUAGGUUGUGGAUCCGCUUGGAGGUUAAGCUUGAAAACAUGACGUCGCCAGCAAAAUUCAAAAAGGAUAAGGAGAUCAUCGCUGAAUACGACACUCAGGUGAAAGCAGUUCUGCCUUGUUUUGGAAUUGACUUGGAAGAACUUAGUUGCCUGACCAACUUUCAGUUGUCUUUACGAAGAGUGAAAAGCCCAAACCUUAGAGAUGGAAAGUAUGUUUGAACACGUGUUCUUCCGAGCAGCUUUCAUUACGCCGUGCCCAGUUUACACGCACUACUUAUUACUUCAUGUCAUUCAUUUUUGUAUGACUUUUGCAGAUUUUAUGCUUUCUUGAGAAUUUCUGUGCUUCUGCAACACCGUGGGCGUCCUCUCUCUGAAUACUGCCAAUGGUUUGCUGGGAAUGGAGGGGAUGAUUUGCUUUGCCAACAGAGAGAAGCGUGUGAGAAGAUGGAAGAAAGGGUGUUGACUUUGCAAUAGCUCCAUAGUUGGAGUCCAUUUUGCAUUCCUUCUUCCUUUCUCCUCUUCUUCCAGAAUAGUGAUGUUAUAGGAUGCAGAACAGAGCCUUGUUUUGGAGAAAUCUCUGCAUAGUGGUCAGCAAAACUCUUGAAUCGAGUGUAAAAGUCCAUCAACAUGCAUUUGGAAUGACUGUCAGGGAGGCUCAGCUGAUGUGUCUUCCCAAGUAGAUGCUGCAGAUGGAUUUGAGCCAUGUCAAAUGUUAUUUCCUGCCAUCAAAAUAACUACUGGUGUGAAACUCUAGAGCUCCUGACCCCAUCGCUUUCCCUUCAGUUGGUUCUGUGAGGGUUAAUCAGCACUGCUUGGAAGGAAGCCGGAGGGGUUGGGAAUGGACAAAUAAAUAAAUAAAGCACUUCCUCUGCAGUUCUGGAUGUGAAAGGAGUCACAAAAUGCUCGCGAGGUUCUCCCCUAUCCUUGAAAAAGCCUUUUUUUUUCCCCCCCUCAAACAUUUUCUCUCCAGGUGUUGGCCAACGCAGUGCCUGCAUUCCUAGCUCUGAGUGCUGUCAGCGAGCCACAAAACAACUUUUACACACAUUUAUUUCUGUGCUACCAACUGAACCAGGCUGGGAGCCGACUUAUCUGGAGGCCCAGAAGCAGCUCCUGAGCUUUUGGGCUCUUGAGAAGGAGCCAAAUAAACAGAUUAACUAUAAACCGAGAUUUCUUUUUUUUUCUUCUACAGUAGAGAAGUGCUGCAGCAGGGUAAUUUGGUCAGCCCCGCUCAUUUGGAGGCUGCUUUUUAUUGCAGGACUUUCCAGGAAGAGCUUUUUGGCUUCCAUCCUUUUAAGUAGGGAAGGCUUUUCUGGUUUGUUUUUGUACCGCUGUCAUUGGGCAAAGGUUUUCCUGCAGAUGUCAGCCACGGAGCUACAUAAUUCAUGGAUGGGGAGUGCUCACAGGCUGCAUCCACUGAAAGUAAUGCAGUUGUUGCCCAGGAAUCAGUCCCUGGCUGCCUUUGGGUAGCUGUCCUGUCCUCCUUUAAGGAUGUUCUGUAGUGUUUCUUUUGGGGAAGGCAGGUUUUGUUUCUGGCAGACCUGGAAGUGCUGAGCUGCGCUCUGAACAAGCGGAUCAGUUGUGCUCUGUCCUCCAUCAAUUGAAAUAUUUCUGUGUCAUUGCCAUGUUUUUGUAAGGUGAACUGUGCCAGGUAAUCGGACCUGCUGUCCUCACCCCAGCCCUUAAUGCAGCGCUAUCUGAGGAGGGAGAGGCUGAGAAGGAGCCCUCACACCACUGCUGUUUCUCAUCCUCACCAUUCCCCAUCCCCAAACUGCUUCCCUCGCCCUCAGAGCUCUCAGUGAUGCUGUAGGUAAUGUGACCAAUGCUGAUCUUUUAAUUGCCAAAGGAUGCCUGGGUAUGGCUGCAGUAAAGCACAACCCUGCCUGCUGCUGUGGGGGCUGAGCUGGGAGAAGCAGUGAGGAGAAGGGCAGCCCAUGUGAGCCAGCCCUGCAUCCUCACCUUAGUGUGGCCCUAUUUAAGAUGCCUGUUGGAUCAGCUUUGGAUACAGCAGCACAAAUCAGUGUUGUGUCUUCGAGGAUGCUCCUAUGAUAGUAUUUAGUUUACAAAGGUAGGCGUUAUGGGCAGUUCCAUGAAAUGCUUCUCUUGACUCCAGCUCGUGCUGGGAUGGUGCUCUUGCUGUCCUCCCCCCAUCCCCAUUCACUGGGGAGGGCCCUUUUAUGUACCUUACUGUGAUGAGUUCACUUCUCCUAAAGCUGUUGGUGGUGCUGUGAAUACCCAUCUGGGAGAUGAUGAUCAGUAACCCGGAAUGGAGCUGUCUAGAAAACCAAUUCUUGGAUAUCAUCCGCCUGCAGAGCAGAACUGGGGCAUGCAGAGUGCUGUUUAAUGGAACGUGGCUGUGCCUUCUUUUAGGAGGAGCUCUCCUGACUGCAGCAUUUCACAUAGCCGGUGAUGGAGUUAUGUUAUUUGUUUUGUCUUCAGUAGAUGGGAAUUUGGGUCUGUGGGCCAUCAGAGGAAAAAAAAAUGAGAAUAGCAGCCCUUUCCAGCACUGGGACUGCUGCAGAUCUGUGCUGAGGAGUCGUAGCUGAUAGACAUGAAGUGCUCAGAAAGCUCAGCACAGAGAAGCUGUACCCAAACAGCCGUUAUUGCAGUGAAAAAGGGAAGUUUCCUUUUGAUUGAUACGUGCAGUGGAUGUAUUAAGGAGUAACAAUGACAAACCAGAACAUGCUAAAUAUUUUAUGAACUGUACGAGCACAGAGCAGCACCACGGAGGCUUUUCCCCUGCGUUCAAUAACCAGCUAUCCAGAAACUUAAUAAAUGAAUGUCUCUAUGAAGUGGUUUUGGAAAGGAGCCUAUUCUUGCUUUGGUCUCUUUAAUGAAAAUAACUCUUCCUAGCUUUGUGUUCUUUCUAUCUGUUGAAAAGAGAGGCCUGAUUCGUCCCAUUUAAUCAGCACUCCACCAAUAUCUGCACUGCUGGUUGCUGCAGUUCCCGUAUCGGUGCUGCAGGAGUGGCCCAUGGCACUGCAGGAGGAUGCUGAAACACCAACAGAGGCACUGCCAGCAGCCAGCCCAGAAGCGUGCAGCUGGAAAAGGGAGGGGGCACGAGUUUCAUUGCUCCAUAAAGGGAGGAACAAUUGCAAUGCUGCAAAGGUCACAGGAUAUCGUAACGAUGUUUGGAUGGAAACUGAGCUUGCAAUGAAUGAAAAUGUGCUCUUAUGUUUUCCCCCUGGAGCUGAGUGUCUGAAAGAUCUGGAUACUUCUUGUUCUGUUUUGUUUCUAUUUGUGUUUUGUUUUUUUUUUUUUACCUCUUUUUUUGGCUCUUCCAUGAGUUGUGCUAUAGAAAGGAGAAGCGGAGGGCAGGCAGCACGCAGCUGCUGGCGGAGGCUUAACUGUGUAUUGCUUUAAUCAAAGCUGGGGCAUUAGUAGUUUGUGGUUAAUCAGAGGCUUCCCUGCUUUAAAUCGAAUUAUCUCUUCUCCCCCCUACAUCCAUCAGAAUGAACCUAAUAGCUGUAAGGAGCUUGGUGCAUCCCUCUGCUGCUGAAAUGCCUUUCAUCUCUCUUUCUCUCUCCAGAAAAUGUGUCUCUAAGUGCCCUGGGGGCAGGUGGGGCUGAGCCUUGCAUGUAAACCAAGGGAAGAAAUCCCAGAGUUGGGCUGGGUGGAAAAUCCCUAUCGGUGGAUUCGUCUUUUAUGUGCUGAAAGCAGCGAGCAAUGAAUUCGUGGCUGGGUCUGAGGGAGCACCCAUGGCAGGAACAUCACAGUGCCGCGAUCCUCGAGGGAGGAGGGCUCUGUUGGUAUCGUGGGAAGGAGCUGGUGGUCACCAGACCCAGCCCAAGGAGUGUGCAGUGCUGCUGUGCUUUCCUGCUGCCGUGGGUUCCUCCAAGAGCAGCAUCUGUAAGUGGCGAAGCUCUGUAAUGAGUACUUGCUGUAAGCUGGCAGAGCAGCUGUAAUUUUCUCCGUACUCUGUUGCCUUUUCCAGCUCCCCAGCAUCAUCCCCGUGGUUUUCUGAUUAGGAUUCAUGCAAAUAGUUCCUCGUGGCACACCCUCCUCCAAACCCAGAGGAGAAGGACCGGCUGCUGUGGUUGGGAUGAAAGCUCUGUUGGUUUGGUGUUACCUUCAGUUAGGGAUUCUGGAUCUUGUGAAAGGUUUACAGUUGUGCUUGCUAAGUUAUUUAUAUGUUGACUAUUUAAACACAUUUAUCAGUUCAGAAAGAGCGAUGCUUCUCCUUUCAAGGAGAUUGCUUUGAGAUGCUGCGUGGAGAUGUGCAGGUGGGGGAUGGAAGGUGGAAGCUGCACGCAUCUGCAGUAAAGAGUCCAUUGACUUCUGUUUUUUCAGUGUUCAUGCAGCCCAAUGUGGUGGUGGCAAUGUUGCUUCAUGUCCUUGCUUGAGGUGUUGGGCAGCAUCGUUCAUAUCCAAGAUCCAGAAGACGCAGAGGAGCCGUGCUGUGUUCAGAGCAGACUGCGAGGAGGUGCAGGGAUUAAAAGGGCAGCCAAUUAGUUGACAUGACCUUAAAACAACAACCCCGCUGAGAUUUAUGGGGUUCUGUUACAGAUCUCAAAAGGCACCGAGAGAACGUCGUGGAUUUUUUUCUUCUCUUGGUCUGGCAGUGCAGCCCGUGUGGUUGGAGGUGUUGCUCAUGGUGGAAGUGUUGCUCAGGGUAUUCCUGCACAGCUGUGCAGCCGCUGCUUCCUCUGCUCCUCCGCUCUCUUCAUCCAGCAAAGAACAAUCAGAAGCAAUCCCAGGAGUGAGGCACGGUGCAGUGCUGAGUUGUAUUGGCACGUAGCUGAAGUGCAGCCAGACAGCACUCAGAGCCCUUCUCUUGACUCCUUUUGCUCUUUUUUUUUUCUGUCUUCCCUGCCUUCUGCCUCUGGGAAUUGGGCUGGGAAUGAGUGGGAAAAGAGAUGCUCCACUGAAAUUUCAGAAUGCAAAUAAACAGGUUUGCUAUUUUUAAAUGCCAGUUUUGUUUUUCGUGAUUCUUCCAAAGUUGUUCUUGCUCCAGUGGGAAUGAGUCUGAAUGAAUGUUUCCUUGAUUUAUUUUUAGGAGUUAAGGGCUUACACGAUCCUCAGCGCUGGCAGAGAUGCUGGACUGACGAUCCUGAAUGUCGGCUGUGCUUUAAAACUUAUAAGCCUUUAAACUGCCAAAAAGAUGGGUGAGUUGAGAACACAGCCAGAGGUGCUCCCCACUGCCUCCUGCACAGGGGCAUGGUGGGCACUUCCCUGCAGCUGUGAGUGCUCAGUGCUGAAGCACACCCUGCAGCCCUUCCCUGCUGAGCCAUCCCAAGGCUUUCUCAUCUUCAUUAUCAGCUGGGGCUGGAAUAGACACAGCUACAAAGCAAUCGUUCACAUCCAAGGAAGGGGAAAAGUGCACGGGGAGCUAAGAGAAAUACACUUGGCCGUGUCAGUAGUUAGGGUGGGCUGACAGUUGGGAUCCUGGCUCCGUGGUGAUGUCAUUUCCUAUAUGCCUUAGCUUGGUUUGAGGUUAGGCUGUUCAUACUGACAUGUUCUACAGAGCGGAUAUUCUCUGCAUAGUGGUGAUGGUGGGAAUGUCUAUUAUUACUGAUGGCAAAUUGGUUAAUGGUGUGGUUAGGCUAAGUAAACGAAUAGUGCAGACUGCAUUUCUUUUACUACCUAAGUUAGUAUUUUUAUACGCCUAUUCUUCACUUCCCCACGUGGCUGUUUUGGGUUUAAUUUGAGCUCUUCUGCUCCGCCACAUGCAGCAUUUCUGCAGGCUCUGGAUGAGAGCUGCUCCCUGCUGCAGGUUUGCACUGAGCAGAACAACUUGCUCUCAUCUUCACUGCUGUCAUUGGGUUUGGUUACAGGACGGUCUCAGUUCUGUUGGCAGCUUUGUUGUAGGUGAGGGCAGAGCUCCACUGGGCUCAAUACUUGGAGGAGAGCAGGGGAGCAGUGGGUUCACUUUGAGAGCUGGCUUUUUUUGGCUUGCCAAGGGGUUCCUCGGUGAUAUUUCCUUUAAUGUUCUGUUCAUGCUAAGCAAUCUGCAGACUGAGAAUAAAUGAAAUCUACUUCAGCAAGCGAGAAGUCGGCGUGGAGGACUUGUACCAUCAUUUUUUCAGUCCUGCUUCAUACGCAGUCCCAGUUUGUGGCAAUGGGGACGUCACAGGGCAGGACUGAGCUGCAGGGUGAGGAACACUGCCAGGGCUUGGGGCUCCUGAGGCCUAAGGAGCUACCAGGCUUCUUUAAGGCUGAUAUUCCAGCAUCGAUUCUGUAGCAAAACUUGAAUGUUUACAGAAAUAACGUGAGCGUGUUGUUUUAUUUUGUGGAAGGUGCAUCACAUCAUAAAUAAGUGUAGGUCAUGCUGAGAGGCGGGCAGUGUCCCAGGGGAAAGGCAUGUGCUGUGUGAGGGAUUGGGAACCCACAUGGAGGUUCCUGCUGCCUGCUUCUUGGAAAGCAGCACACGGCUGCUGAGUGCCUGUCCUCAUCAUCAGCACAGGACGAGCACUGAAGCAGCAGCUUGGUGCUGUUCUUUUACUUCUACGGAUAUCUCCGUGUAAUUCAAUAGAGAACUACUGAGUUGCCAGCUUACUACAGGUACACCAGCCAGGAAUGGAGAUAAUAUUUACUCUAUGAAAGCAAUUCAGUGUACAAUCUCCCUUCUCACCCAGGUUAUUCAAUGGCUCUGCAUGUGCCAUGGGUGUUCCAAAACCGGACGCUGCGGUGAUGGCCAUGCAGGAGCAGCGUUGUGGCCACGGCUUCCAUGCAAGACUGACUCUGUGCUGCGUAAUUAGCAGGCAGCCUUGGAGAGUGCAGUGAUGCUGCAAGCUGUGCUAGCCCUGACUUCCCGUAUUGAGCUGACAUUCAAAGAGAAACUUGCUCGUUUGACACUUUAAAUAGCUCUCAGAUGGAAACGUGGAUAGCGAGCGCACAAUGCGGCGGCUGCGGGGCUGUGUGGGCUCUGUGGUUCUAUUAUUAGCUGACAAUAGCCGGAAUGAGAAGCCAUAGAGCUGUGUGGCCUCUGAGCUGUUUGUCAUCCCGGAGCCAGAGGUCCUUUCUUGCACUUCUUGGUGGAGACCUCUUGCUCGUUUUCUUUGCUGGAGGCUGUAGAUGGACAACUGCGUGGUGUUCUUCACAACGUGCUGCUGGAGUGCCUUUCCUCCUUCACCUUCCCGAGCAUCAGCAGAACAACCAGCAGCAAUGCAAAUGGAGCAGAGCGCUUCCUGGCACUUCCACAGUCAGAUUUCAUGUAUGAUGCAUGUGUUGGACAUUGCUGCGUCCUUCUGGAGAUCCGUGCCCAGUUGGUAGAGCAGCUGAAAUGCCUUGACCAGCAGUGUGAGCUCCGGGUCCAAUUACUGCAGGACUUGCAGGAUUUCUUCCGCAAGAAGGCAGAGAUUGAGAUGGAUUACUCGAGGAAUUUGGAGAAGUUGGCUGAGAGAUUCCUGGCUAAAACUAGGAGCACCAAAGACCAGCAAUUCAAGAAGGAUCAGAAUGUGCUCUCACCAGUCAAUUGCUGGAACCUCCUCUUAAAUCAAGUGAAGCGGGAGAGCAGGGAUCACACCACCCUCAGUGACAUCUAUCUCAACAACAUCAUCCCACGCUUUGUCCAGGUCAGCGAAGAUUCUGGGCGCCUGUUCAAGAAGAGUAAGGAAGUGGGAUUGCAGCUCCAGGAAGACUUGAUAAAGGUCCUGAAUGAACUCUACACGGUUAUGAAGACCUACCAUAUGUACAAUGCUGACAGCAUUAGUGCUCAGAGCAAACUGAAAGAGGCAGAGAAGCAGGAAGAGAAGCAGAUUGGGAAGUCAGUGAAACAAGAGGAGAAGCAGACGCCGCGCUCCCCCGACUCAACUUCCAAUGUCAAGUUUGAAGAAAAGCACGUUCGACGGAGCUCUGUCAAGAAAAUAGAGAAAAUGAAGGAAAAGCGCCAAGCAAAGUACACAGAAAAUAGGCUGAAGGCUAUAAAGGCAAGAAAUGAAUAUCUGCUGGCUCUGGAAGCAACCAAUGCGUCUGUCUUCAAGUAUUACAUUCAUGACCUGUCUGAUCUCAUUGAUCAGUGCUGUGACCUGGGAUACCACGCUAGCCUCAACAGAGCUCUCAGGACAUUCUUGUCUGCUGAGCUAAACCUGGAGCAGUCCAAGCACGAGGGUCUGGAUGCCAUUGAAAAUGCUGUUGAGAACCUGGAUGCCAACAGUGAUAAGCAGCGCCUGAUGGAGAUGUACAACAAUGUCUUCUGUCCGCCCAUGAAGUUUGAGUUUCAGCCGCAUAUGGGUGACAUGGAGUCCCAGCUGUGUGCCCAGCAGCCGGUGCAGAGUGAGUUAGUGCAGAGGUGCCAGCAGCUGCAGUCCAGGUUAUCUACACUGAAGAUAGAAAAUGAAGAGGUGAAGAAGACCAUGGAAGCUACUCUGCAGACAAUCCAGGACAUAGUCACGAUAGAGGACUUUGAUGUCUCUGACUGCUUUCAGUACAGCAACUCUAUGGAGUCUGUUAAAUCCACUGUAUCAGAAACCUUCAUGAGCAAACCAAGCAUUGCCAAGAGACGAGCCAACCAGCAGGAGACAGAGCAGUUCUAUUUCACAAAAAUGAAGGAGUAUCUGGAGGGCAGGAACCUGAUAACGAAGCUCCAGGCCAAGCACGACCUCCUUCAGAAGACCCUGGGAGAAAGUCAGAGGACCGACUGCUCUCUUGCCAGCGGCAGACGCAGCUCCACUGUAAGAAAGCAGGAUUCCUCUCAAGCCAUUCCCCUGGUCGUGGAGAGCUGCAUACGAUUCAUUAGCAGACAUGGUUUGCAGCACGAGGGAAUAUUCAGGGUGUCUGGGUCACAAGUGGAAGUGAACGACAUAAAAAAUGCAUUUGAGAGAGGUGAAGAUCCUUUGGCUGGGGAUCAGAAUGACCAUGACAUGGAUUCAAUAGCAGGAGUUCUGAAGCUCUACUUCCGAGGGUUGGAGCACCCUCUCUUCCCCAAGGACAUCUUUCAUGAUCUGAUUGCCUGUGUCACCAUGGAUAAUUUGCAAGAGAGAGCCCUCCACAUCCGAAAGGUGCUUCUGAACCUCCCUAAGACCACUCUGAUCGUAAUGAGAUACCUCUUUGCAUUCCUCAAUCAUUUAUCUCAGUUCAGUGAAGAGAAUAUGAUGGAUCCCUACAAUUUAGCCAUCUGCUUUGGGCCAACGCUGAUGUCGGUGCCUGAAGGUCACGAUCAAGUCUCUUGCCAAGCCCAUGUCAAUGAACUGAUCAAAACCAUCAUCAUCCAACAUGAGAACAUCUUCCCAGGACCGAGGGAGCUGGAAGGUCCAAUGUAUAGCCGAGGUGGAAGCACUGAGGAUUACUGUGAAAGUCCUCAUGGAGAAAGAGCCUCUGCAGAGGAUGCAGUGCAGGACGUGGCGGCGGAGCACCACACCAGCGAUGACGAGUGUGAGCCCAUAGAAGCAAUAGCCAAGUUCGACUACAUUGGCAGGACUGCAAGAGAGCUGUCCUUUAAGAAAGGAGCUUCUCUCCUCCUCUACCAGCGAGCCUCAGAUGACUGGUGGGAGGGACGCCACAAUGGAAUUGAUGGCCUUAUCCCUCAUCAGUACAUCGUCGUCCAAGACACUGAGGACGGUGUUUCUGAAAGAUCCAGUCCGAAGUCAGAGAUAGAAAUAAAUUCUGAGCCACCGGAGGAAAAAGUGACGGCCAGAGCUGGUGCCAGCUGCCCGAGCGGGGGCCACGUGGCAGACAUUUACCUUGCAAACAUCAACAAGCAAAGAAAGAAACCAGAGUCAGGCAGCAUCAGAAGAGCCUUCCGUCAAAGUGACAGCCAUGGACUAGGUAGCUCAAUGGCAGAACCAGCCUCCCCAGGAGCCAUAGCCGGUUCCAGACCCUCAUCUCAGCCCAUUAUGAGCCAAAGUCUUCCCAAGGAGGUUCCAGACAAAUGCUCCAUCAGUGGCCACGGCAGCCUCAAUUCUAUCAGCCGGCACUCAUCUCUGAAGAACAGGAUAGACAGCCCUCAGAUCCGGAAAACUGUGACAGCAGGGAGGUCCAAGAGCUUCAACAACCACCGGCCCAUGGACCCCGAGGUGAUUGCACAGGACAUUGAAGCUACGAUGAACUCUGCUCUGAACGAGCUGCGGGAGCUGGAAAGGCAGAGCAGCGUCAAGCACACACCGGAUGUCGUCCUCGACACUCUGGAGCCUUUGAAAACAUCCCCAGUGGUAGCCCCCACAUCCGAGCCCUCCAGCCCCCUGCACACCCAGAUCCUCAAGGACACUGAGCCAGCCUUCCAGCGCAGCGCCAGCACGGCCGGCGACAUCCCCUGCACCUUCAGGCCGGUGAAGUCAGUCAAAAUGGCCACGCAGGUCAAACCCCCUGCAACGCGGCCGAAGCCUGCGGUGUUCCCCAAAACCAGUGCCACAAGCCCUGGCGUUGCCUCCUCUGCCUCUCAGCAGCCUGCUGACAAGUCCUGUACUGUCUGAUAAACCCGAUGCUGCUCUGCGGGCACAGCCGCGUUGUUUCCGAUGAAGAGACCGUGCUAAAGACGUUAGAAUUCCUAUUUAACUCAACCCUGAACUUGUGCUGAAGGUUUGUGGUGAACUGCUCCCUCCUGCUGGGAGUGGACUCAGUGCUACCAGCCUCAUCCUGGUGGUGUUGGUAAGGCAAAGCCCUUCGUGCCACGCAUGGGAAAUCCAAUACUGGGUCACUGUGAAGCUGAGGAGGAAAACAAAACAGCACUGAGUUGGAUCUUGGUUUCUCACUGACGCCUUGCUCCAAGCGCUUGGCUGCUGGAGGGAAUACUUGGCAGCGUCCUGUUUUGAGUACUGAUGUAGUGACUUAAUAUAUUCCGUGUUUCGUUUAUCGCAGGGGAACAAUAGGAUAGGUUUUAGUCUAUUGCAUGUUUUGGUGCCACUCGUUUUGUGGAGCUUGGACAUGCCCCUUCUUGUGCAUUGUUACGACAUCGCUCGCUGGUGCCACCGUGGUUAAGGGUCUGUCUGGACUUCCAUGCCAUCCCUGGGUUUUGUUUGCUGCCCCGUCCCACCCUGCAGGGCUUUUGCUCAUCCAGCCUCGUCCUUUCAAAGACACGUCAUGAAAAGUAGUUUCCUCUGGAACACUCUUAGGUUUUGUGGAUUGAUAUGUAGUAUGUGUAUGUGCAGAUAUCAACAGAUAACGUUCCUGGGGUAUGGGAGCAUAACAAAGAGCCCACUUGUUGUUUAGGGACAAUCUAGCUGUUUUUCUCCUUGGCUCUCCCAUAUUUAAAAGCAGCUUCAUUGUUUUCCAGUGUACUUUUAGCCCAUGGGCUGCCAUGUGGUGUGUGGGCUCGGGGGACUGAAUGUAAAAACAAGCAAACCUCUGAAAUCCAGCAUCCUCUCAUGGGGUCCCACUUCGUAACGCACACGUUCUUGUUUUGAUCAUGUAUCAGGAUGGAUCCUUAACAGAAUCCCGGUGACAAGCACUGUAAAACUUGGACCAGAAGUUCUCAAGCUCUGUAUCUUCCCCCCAUUCCUGGCUGUAAGUGCUUCAGGGUGAGCUGCCCUGGGGUCUGCUCUCAUAGAGCAGCACUGCGUGGGACGGUGCCGUGGCAGCAUGCAGCUUCUGGAGUGGCUUCACGGCGUGCUCUUGGUGGAUGGCAUGCCUUUGUAGGACUCCGGACAUUGGAAUGAACUCUUAGUAUACGUGUAUUUAUAUGGUAGGCAGCAAAUGCUUCAGCCGCCGGCGGGCUGCAUGAGCUCUGUUUGUGCUCUACUGAGAACUGUCCACGAUGCUAAUUAACACUUAUUUAAUUUUUUACCAAGGAAGGCACGUGUGCCACUCACAGCAGUGAGGAGGAGCUCAUGGCCCUGCGAGAGGGGAGAUGGACUGACCCUCACUCUGCAUUGUUCCCAGGCUUUUCUGGGACUUCUAAAGUAGCCACACAUCUGUUGUUUUCAUCAAAGUGAAUGCAGGCAAGGGCAGGAUAAGGGAAGUUAUUUUCCUCUUCCAUUUUAUCUUUCGGUUUUAAAUCUGUAGGUUUCUCACUCUUAGCUUCCUUGUGACUGCAUUGUCCUGACGAUUGGCACUUAGCAAUUAAAAAAAGGAAAGAAACAAGCAGGACUUAACAAAGAACAGUUUCUUAAAUGUACUUUUCUCUUGGAUUGAAGGAUGUUACUCGGAGAAGUGAAGGGGCUUUUGUUGUGUCCGUGUCCAUCCCCACCUCUACAGAAGUCAUACAGCCGUGUUAUGCCCUGCGGGAGGGAUCCCCCAGCGACCAGCCAACACUGCUCUCAGGUUCUGAUGGACUUCUACCACCAAGGAAUCACUUGGGCUUUUUGGGGAAUAAGAACUGAACUCGCAAUUGAUUUGCUCAGGCAGAACUUUCUGGCAUUUACUUUACGUAGGGAAUUUUUGCUUUGGUUUUGUUUGGUCACAAACGACCGAUUACUCUGUGUCAAGAGCAGGAUCUCUGUGAAAUUUACUUUGACUCAUUUGUAAUGCCUUAUUUUCUUUAUAUUUUUAUGCCUAGCAUUCAUGUUUCUCAGAGUAAGUGUCCAGCCACGCACAGCACAUCUGGAGGAGAUGCUCUUUUCUGUAUUGGAGGUCUGAACGAGUGGAAAUUGAGAGAUAAAGACUUGAGGUUACUCUGUCUGUCUAUGAAUUACUGUGCUUAUCUCUAGCAUCCACAGCUCUGGGACAAUCCUGCUGUCAAGAGGAAUACGCUUAGCAGGAUAAACUGUAUACCGAGCAACUCAACUGGAAUUUUUGGUGUGCACUGUGAUUGACACUUAAACCUACAGCAAGCAAUAUGGCAGACUGAAGAACUUCUCCUCUUCUGCGUGGCCUGGGCUCAUCCAGCCAGCAGGAAACGCACACAUAUAGGGGGGACUCGAGAAGGAAACUUGUAGCUCAGCUGCUUCGCUCCGUGAGCAUCCCAGGCUGAGCAUCGUUGCCAUCGUGGUUUGCUGCCAUGGGGGCACCGUGGAGGUGGGGAAGGAAAACUGGAAAUGCCAACACCGCCCUGCAGAGCCAGCGGGCAUCUCAUGCAGGAGGUGAUGGUGUGGGUGAGGAAGGCACGGCGCUUUGCCUGGGGAGGUGUCACUCUUCCUUCCUACCCUCGUGUCCAGAAGAAAUACUUGCUCUUCCAUGGAAAUCCUGUCAUGACUUUCGUGUGAUGUGUGUGUCGGAUAUAAAGACAAGCAGUGUUUGAUAACUGGAAUCACGUAUGUCUGUUUGAUAGUGCUGUGUAUGAACAAAGGGUUCUUGUUCAUCAGAUGUUGGAUUCAAGUAAUCCAAAGCAAAACUUGUAAAACAAAACACGGUUUUAGGUGAUCAGUCUUAAUAGUUCUGGAAGCUGUAACCUCUGAUGUGUUAUUUCCCUUGUUGGGAACUGAGCAGUGUGCUUUCAUGGUUGCUAAGUUUCUGCCUCUCUGAGGCAAUCCAAAGGCUCUCAGUUAUCUCUUGUACCCGUGUUCUUCGUGUCAGAGCAAUGGGACCUGAACCAACUCUCUCACUUGAUCCGUACUGCCUAUUUUCUUGCAAUGAAAAUGAUGAAAUAAUCAGAGUGCACUGUGACAGCAGAAAAAAACCAUGUUGUGUAUGUAUGUAUUUUGAUACCUGUUGAAAAGGAGUCUUUGGGUUUCCUGUGAUGAAUACCUCAUAUGUUGAAUUGUUUUGGGUUUUUGUUGAACUGUUAUUAUUAUUUUUUUCUUAAGGCAAGAUUGUUCUUGCUCAAAAGUAGGUUAAGGUAACCAAGUUCUCAUAAAUUUAUUUACAGAAUCGAAACCCUUUGGAGUUUGGCAAGAAAUUCCAUCUGCUCCAGUUCCUCUCUGGAGUCAUACUGAGGCUAUAGAGGUCCAUGCAGAUGGAGUUUGCUGCCUCGCUUCUUUCCUCCCGUGUGUCAGAACCUCAGAUUCAGUUGAACGUUGGGUGUGCUUUGGGUUUUGCUGAGCAUUUGAGGGAUGGUCUUCACGAUGUCUCCAGGUAGCACUUCAGACCCUUUGCAUCGAUGUACCUGAUAGACUGGAAUGCUCUGCGUGCAGAGGGAAGGCUUGGGGCAGGUGGUGGUUCUCAGCAGUGCGUGGUUUGCUCGUCAGGCAGCUGUGGUGAUGGAGAAAGGCCCAUAGGGGACAACUGGAGGGGCUCCUUGGCUGGUGGGCAGCGUGGGGUCCCCCUGCGUGGCAGGAUCCAGCCCUGACCGCAUGGAGAUGCUCUGCAAUGAGCAGAUGCCUUUCCUCACUGCUCUAUGAACCAAGGGGGAAAAGAAAGAACGUGGGAACCUUUAGGCACUCCCAUCACUAACGGGGCUGAACGAGUCGAACAAACGAGGGCUUUAUUUAUUGUGAGGUUUUUAGUUGUAGCCUUUUUCGCUGGCUUCGCUGGCAGCCAUGGGGCCAUGGCUGGAGGUGCUGAGCUCUGAUGGGCCGUGCUGAGCUUUGGGUCUGAGCUCACACAUCACCUUCUGAGAACCCUCCCUCCGGAUCCGCUCCCGCUCGUCUCUCCAUUUCCUGGUACUUGAAACCAAUACUUGACCACAGCGGUGCUGGGCAGGGCUCAGUUCUUGGGGUCUUUGGGUGCACCCGGAGAUACCAACGCAGCAACUCAAGGCCUGAACAAUGAUUUCUUUUUUCCUUUUUGUGCUUCCUAUGACAUGGUCGGAGACGAAGGCGUCGUUCCUUGAUGAUGGGCCAAAAAGAGGCGAGGGCAGCUCCCUGCUGUGCUGAUACUUGAGAUACCACGCUUGGUACAGGGUAAACACCGAGCGGUUUGCAAUGGAAACGAGAGGAGGAUCCUUCACUUAAAGGCACUGUAGUAACUUUAUGCUUGAAGCGGACUUCACCCUUCCUUUCUCUUCAGGCACAGCCCUGUGGUUGAAUAAAUGAAGUCCGAUGGACUUGGACUCGUGUGCGCGUGCCAAACUGCUGGAGCAAUACUUGGAGCAGCAGGUUCUGUACCAGCCCAGCUCUAUGUAGCCAAAACAGGGCCAACGCUGAAACCACCUGCGAUGCACAUUGAACAGCAGCCACGUUACGGUUCGACUGUACUGGAGUAGAAAAUCUGACUGCAAAGUCUGGAAACUGCAUUCUGUUGGCCCAAAGCCCCAGUCCUGCAAUGGGCUCUGCGUUGGGCUUUUGGGUUUUGUUUGGUGGGAUGGGGUGUUCUUGCUUCAACAGUUUCCAUUGUUUCAUGUCUUCUACACCAAUAUAUAUAUGGUGUAUAUAUUAAACCGUGUAAAGUUGUACUUUGUAUAUAUAACUGUACAAUAUGGAGGUACAUCCUUUUUUUUUUUCCCCCCCCUUUGGUACAGUAUUGUACAGUAUUUAGGAGUAUAUGUGUUGGAGAUGUUAAAUCCGUACUGGGGCUACGAACUGUAUUCAUUGUCAUUAGCAAUAGUUUUGGAGAAAUAAAUGUUUUGGGUAUGGUGGAAAUGCUGA